CAGCAGUGGCGGCCACAGCUGGUUUCAAAGGGCCCUGUCCUGGAGCAGCACUGGGAACCAGAGCUGCUCUCCAUGUGCAUCUCUUUGGAGCAGCGCAUGGGGUCACAGCUGGUUUCGGGGAGCACACCUGCACACCUGGCCAGCUCUUCCAGGAGAACCCUGGAAGAGCUGGAGACCACAGUUUAAAAGAAAUGCAUGGUGGUGUUCAUGGGCCUGGCUCGGGAGCCUAAGUGGGCACCCUCUUAAGAGGACAGGCUUUAACCAACUCACUGAAAGCCGCAAGUGCCUUGCAGCGUGGCUCCUUCAAGGCCUCAUCAGUGAGGUGGGAAGGAAACCGUGUGUGCGACCUAACGUGACUGCCAGGGGGACUGGCAGGUGUGGAGCUGCUGCUGCUGCUGCUGGAGGUCUGUGCCGGGACCCUUCGGAGGAUGAGCGGCUGGCUGACGGGCCAACCUGGAACCGGGAUGAGAGCCGAAGCCCAG